UCUUCUCUGGCUAACUUUAGGGGGCGGCGCCCCAGCGCCCCCUAUUGACCGGCCGCCACUGCUGAAACAGGAAAUGCUUAUGGACUAGCGUUGUUUACAUCUUGGUCUAUAACACUAGGAAUGUAGAGUUUAUUAGGAAGGCCACUGCAUGCACAGCGGUAGAGAAAGUGUGCAUUGCUCUUGUGGACUUUCUGCAGUUGUGUUUUUUUAACAUAUGCAGACGUGUUGUAACCAUGGUGAAUUGUAAUAUCGAAGCUUCUGUCUUAAUUAACUUUUUUCUUAAAGGUUGCUUAUAUGAAAAUGUAUUUAUUUUGGCAGGUCUGUUCCACCAUAUCACACAAUAAUUCCUCUUAUCCUGCAAGUGAAGGGGCCACUUCAUUCAAACGUACUCAUAAAGCAAAUCCAGUGUGACACACUCUUGUGAACAAUUGAAGACAUGAGUGAUCCAGACACAUGCAGAAUUAAACAUGAAGAUACUGAGGAACAAAGAGAUUUGUUGAAAGAAGAAGGCAAUGAACUGAAUGAAGAUGAGGAGAAACAUCAGUGUAAGAAACCUCAGAAUCUUGUUAUGCUAGAAAUCUCUUCUAGUAGUUUGCAGAAGAACAAGAAUUUCUCACCAAAAAGAAAGCAAAGGACAGAAGCAGGCAAGUCUUUCACCUGCCCUCAGUGUGAAAAGAGUUACCAACGAAAACGUUAUCUUGAGGAGCACAUGACAAUUCACACUGGAGAGCGCCCUUACGCAUGUUCUCAGUGUGAAAAGAGUUUCAAUCGCAAAACAACUCUUGAUGUGCACAUGAGAAUUCAUGCUGAAGAGCGCCGAUUCACAUGUUCACAGUGUGAAAAGAGUUUCAGAAAAAAAAAUCAUCUUAAGGUGCACAUGAUAAUUCACACUGGAGAGCGCCCUUACGCAUGUUCUCAGUGUGGAAAGAGUUUCAAUCGCAAAACAACUCUUGAUGUGCACAUGAGAAUUCAUGCUGAAGAGCGCCGAUUCACAUGUCCUCAGUGUGGAAAGAGUUUCAAGCACAAAUCAGCGCUUGUGGAGCACAUGAGAAUUCACACUGAAGAGCGCCCAUACACAUGUCCUCAGUGUGAAAAGAGUUUCAAACAAAAAUCAGCGCUUGGGGUGCACAUGAAAAUUCACUUGGAAGAGCGCCCAUACACAUGUUCUCAGUGUGGAAAGAGUUUCAAUCGCAAAACAAUUCUUCAUGUGCACAUGAGAAUUCACAAAGAAGAGCGCCCAUACACAUGUUCUCAGUGUGAAAAGAGUUUCAGAAAAAAGUGUAAUCUAAAGGUGCACAUGAUAAUUCACACUGGAGAGCGCCCUUACUCAUGUUCUCAGUGUGGAAAGAGUUUCAAUCGCAAAACAACUCUUGAUGUGCACAUGAGAAUUCACGCUGAAGAGCGCAGAUUCACAUGUCCUCAGUGUGAAAAGAGUUUCAAGCACAAAUCAGCGCUUGUGGAGCACAUAAGAAUUCACACUGGAGAGCGCCCAUACACGUGUCCUCAGUGUGGAAAGAGUUUCAAACUCAAAUUGACACUUGUGGAGCACAUGAGAAUUCACUCUGAAGAGCGCCCAUACACAUGUUCUCAGUGUGGAAAGAGUUUCAAACAAAAAUCAGCGCUUGGGAUGCACAUGAAAAUUCACUUGGAAGAGCCCCCAUACACAUGUUCUCAUUGUGGAAAGAGUUUCAAUUGCAAAACAAUUCUUGAGGAGCACAUGAGAAUUCACAACAAAGAGCGCUCAUACACAUGUUCUCAGUGUGGAAAGAGUUACACAAGUAAAUCAAAUCUUGCGAGACAUAUGAAAGUUCACACUGAAGAGCGCCCAUAUGUAUGCCCUCAGUGUGGAAAGAGUUUCAGAGAUAAAUCAAGUCUUGUGAAACAUAUAAGAAUUCACACUGAAGAGCGCCCAUACACGUGUUCUCAUUGUGGAAAGAGUUUCAAACAAAAAUCAGCGCUUGGGGAGCAUGUGAGAAUUCACUCUGAAGAGCGCCCAUACACAUGUUCUCAGUGUGAAAAGAGUUUCAAACAAAAAUCAGCGCUUGGGGAGCACGUGAGAAUUCACUCUGAAGAGCGCCCAUACACAUGUUCUCAGUGUGAAAAGAGUUUCAAACAAAAAUCAGUGCUUUGGGUGCACAUGAAAAUUCACUUGGAAGAGCACCCAUACGCAUGUUCUUAGUGUGGAAAGAGUUACACAAGUAAAUCAAAUCUUGCGAGACAUAUGAAAGUUCACACUGGAGAGCGGCCACACACAUGUCCUCAGUGUGGAAAGAGUUUCAAUCGCAAAGCAAAUC